UUGACAACCAUGCGUUUCAGAAUUCUGAUUUUAAAAUAUUGCGGUUGCCAGUUUCAUAAUAAUUAAAAAAAAAAAAAUUAAGUGGCCGGUGAUAAUUUGAAAAUAUAAUCUUUUUUAAUUAAGUGGCCAGUGAUAGUUUGAAAUUUUUUUUUUUAAUGAUGAUAAUUAAUAAAUUAAGUUUAUUACUGAUUUACCAAACUUUAUUAAUUGAAAUAUAUGGUGCAAAUGACAACUACACAAGCAUAUAUGAAGAAGGAGUGGCGUCAAACGUGCUGUCAAGAAGAAAGAGAUACCUGAUAUUCCCAGAAGGCAGCUCGUUACAGUUAGUAUUCUGCGUGCAAACAGCAGCUCUGAUACCCAUCGGUGACAUUUUCUUAUACGGCAACACUGCGGCUUUGGCGUGGAACCUGCCGACUGAUCCGAAGCUUUUCUUUAUGUUCGACAAGGAGGCCAUGAGGAGAGCUGAUGUUGCCAACACAAUUAAUUAUGUUGAUGAACGAGGAAAGGUUAUUGGCAGAGUGCCUUAUAAAAGAAAACCAAUAAUAAACCCGGCAUUCGCGAAGCGCAGCGUGGACGAGCCAAUUACAUACAAAGAAAAAUUGAAAUUCAAAAUAGAUAGAACGCGAAUGCACGAAAAGCAACUGAACAGGGAUUAUUUGAAAAAGGAACACAUGGAACCGAGCAGUGUCGAGUUCCAUAGGAGCAGCCGAGUGGGAUUGUUCGAGAAAUUAGAAAAGCUAUUUACGACUCUGGGGCAAGAUGGCCGCCAAUGCGUGCUCUACAAGUUGUGCGAGGCGGCGCAAACCGCUCCCGAGCAAGGAACAUUCCUACAGGAAUUCCUUCGGGUCGUCUUCACCCUACCCAAAGGCAGCGAGUUUGACAUAGAAGACCAUAGAGAGUAUGAUAAGGCCCACAACCCGAGUGACGACUGCUCUGCAAAAUACCCAGGCUGUGCAGAUUUCGAAAUUGCUCUUUGA